AGCACACUUUGCGGAAUAAUACUUCACUCCUCGUCCGUGUUUGACAGUCUGUCGUGCCUUUUUGUACGUAUUUUUGUUUGUCGUGGAAGUGCUCGUUUUUUGGUUAAUAAAUUUGAAGAUUUUUGGAGAGAUUUCUACUGUAACUACUUGAUGUUGUAGAAGUUGGUAUCUCAUUUUUUUAGGAAGAUCUGAUCACCAUCGCCUUGUUCUAAGUGAAGGCGAUAUUUUUAUUUUACAACUUGCUUCUGCUUUCAUAUUCAUCGUGGUGAUCCUCUAACUCUUUCCGCCAACUGCGGACGUCCUCGUACGUAGCUGCAACCGUUCAUCUUGUGAUCAGCAAGAUGGAGCGUCAGCAGCAAAUCCACGUCCAUCGUGGCGUUCCCCCAGAAGAGGAGAAUAGACAGCAUGAUGAGGAGCAGGAUCCGAACACCAUCUACGCUAUCUUCGCUGACCACGAUGAAAACGGUAUUUGGGUUUACCAAGCUCUCACUAAGAAGAUCGCGGAUUUUGCUGUGGCACGUCAGACUCUCAGAGGCUGUAAGGAGUUCAACGGAACUCGGAUGACAUGGAUCGAGCCUAGUUUCGCCUGGGUCUUGUACCGCUCUGGGUAUGCGAGAAAGCGCGGCCAGGAACGUGUUUUGAAUUAAGGCUACUAGAAGGAAUCCGAAUCCAUAUCCAUGAUAUUAGAUCUGAGCCAGCUACAGCAUCUUCUUUCUUCGGUCCGUUUUCUAAGCGGAAACGGUUACCAAGACGGGGCUCCGCGCGAUGGAAGUUGCAGAUUUCUAGCUCUAAUGGAAGUUGCAGAUUUCUCAUGAAGCGUUCUGUAGCAUUUUGGAGAGGUGCUCGAUUGGCACAGGUGGAGGCGGAACCAGUGGUCGCGUGCAGUGGGAUCCUGAACGCGAUUUUUGGGAAGGCAACCCGGACGAAAAGCCAGGCAAAGAACCACGCAAAAUGGUCUACCGGCGGUCUAUUCAGAUUGGAAUUGGGAAAGAACUCAGUCAAUUCUACACGAAAGCGAUUCUGCGAAUCGAAGACGUUACAGAAUUAGCUCACAAAGUGCAAGAAGCUCAUGCAACGAUGAUGACCUCAAAAACCACUACUGCGUUGCAGAAUGACGCUAAGCGAGCCUUUGUCUUAGACUUUCUCGCACAACAACGUAAUUAUUUGGCAAUGCCGAAUGAGCGAAGGUAUAUGCCGUCGCAUCUUCUGAGCGAGGGUGAGUUGCGGAGACUUCAGCUAGUUGGAACUGAAGACAUCGUGCGACACCAUGAGGAAAAGAAGGAGGCAAAGCCAGGAAAAAAUAGAAAGCAGAAAAUACUACACUGAAGAUGUUUUGGGGAGACACUGAUUCUGAUCAUGCGGAUUAUUUAUAUAUCAAGGAGAUGAAUUUGAAUUUGAAUUCAAGUUUAGGCUUUUUGGUGAAGAUGUACAGGAGAGCUCAUUUGGUGGAUGAAUGGAAAUGCCACCCACAACUUAUACUUUCUGGCAAGCCUUCUACUUAGACUAACGAAAUCCUCCUGUCCAGGACUCGUACUACUUAUACCAUUUUUAGGACUCUGCAAAGCAAGUAGACACAGAGUCGAGAUGGUAACAGCCAUAAUAAUGAUUGUGUAUGAAUUCUUGGCAGGAACGGGGCCUGCUUUUGAGAAAGACACUAGAAUAUUCUAUUUUGGACACCACUAUCACUACCUCACAAUGCGAUCAUGACUAUAGUUUUCUUAGCUAAAUAGUAUCAUUUUUCUUUAUCUUCCCUAGUUAGUGUUAGGUCUUAUCUAUCAUUUCUCUUUCUCUUUCCGAGUUAGAAGGUCUGCUCCACCGCCUAUUAUGGCUUUCUUAGCUAUCGUAAAGCAGGUAGGAGUGGCCACAAAGACCAUGCUUGAUACUACACAUACCUUGCUUUUAAUGUCUUGGUUGUCGAACUUUUGAUCAUCAUGAUGAACGCAGAAUGCUAAUGAAAGUUACAUCUGUCCAUCCCCAGCAAUCACCAUAUGCUCUACUACAAU